CUGCGAUCGUUUGCUCCGCCUGUAUCUUAUUUCCCUUCAUCGAUUACUUACUUCGGUCUAGUCUUCAAGCCGGAAGUGACAGAGAAGCCAACAGCAUGCAAGAUGGUGGCCACCAGGAGAGGAGUACGCGUGUGCUCACCGAAUAAAACCAACCCGGAGCCGUCCUCUGAAGUCCAGGAAACUCCUUCCACUCGAAGAACCAGGAGCAGAGUCACCGUUAAACCAGCAGCCGAGAGCCCGACCCAGCAUGGAGCUCAGGAGGAAACCAGCAUCCAACAGGAAAGCAGUCAAACUUCCUCCCCCCUACCCUCCUCCCCCACUCCCUCCCUGAAGAGAUGCUCCAAAGCCUCCAGACUGCACAGCCCCGAGCAGCCGUGCACGCCCGCAGGAUCCGUGCACGAGGCCGGCGCUUCGGACGCGGAGUCGUGCUGCUCUGUGGUCUCCAUGGAAAUACCGAUGACCCGUACCAGAGGGAUGAAGAUGCAAACCCUCAGCCAGGAGGAGAUCUCUGAGGUGGAGUCAUGCUCCUCUGCAGUUUCAGGAUCUCGCCGCAGCACCAGGAAGAAAGCCGUGCCUCCGAGCUCUCACACGGCUCCUAUUGAGGCGGAAGACCCCAAUUUAGGGAAUGAUUCGUGCAGCUCCGUGGUGUCCGAGUCCACGAGAGUCACCAGGAGUCAGAGGAAACCUGCUCGCACCAGAUCCUCCGCAACUAAACCGCCGGAGGACUCGGAGAUAUCAGACGCAGACAGCUGUUUGUCGAGCGCCUCAGCAGCGAGAUCCACCACCCGCAGGAGCACAAGGAUCAGGAGGCAAACAGGUCCGAUCCCCAUCCACCUGGAGGAAGCCUCAGAAGGAUCCAGGUCUCCACGAUCUCGACGGAGCCUGAUCCCCAGAGGCGCUGUAGACGUCAGCGAGCCGCCGUCAUGUGACUCCGACGGCUUCGAGUCCGGACCGACUUCCAGUAUGACGACUCGCAGAGGAUUAAAGACCCGAUCCAACGCCUCGGACUCUGAGCCGAUGGAGAUUCACUCCCCGAGCAAAGGGACGCCCAGCAGCAGAACCACCAGGAGCUCCGCACAGGACUGCAGCGUUAUCCUGGAGAAAAUAGAGCAGGGCGACUUUUCUUUAAAUGAUUCUAGGCUAGAAAACACCGUGAUUGCUGCGGACUGUUCUGUUCUGGAGGGGGAGAAGAGCCUGGUGGAGGAAGAGAAGAUAGAAGAAGGUGUAGACACUGCUUUUAUUACAUUAAGUGAAGCAGUUGAGGAAGAUGUAACAGUAGGAGGAGAAAAAGCAGGUGUGAGCAUCACUGAGGUCCCAUUGAGCGAGGACAUGGCAGUUGUGGUAAUUUCAGACGAUGACUCUGGUGACCCCGUUACGUCUCCUCUGAUAUCAGAAAGAGAACCUGAAGAGGCUGCAGUGACUGUGGUUCACCAGCAGGAGGAGCCGUGUGCAGACGAGAAGGAGGGGGAGGAGGAGGAGGAGGAGGUGAUGCAGGAAGAAAUCCCUCCAUCACAGACGUCCGUUACUGUGACAACACCUGAGGAGGAAGGGAAGCAGGAGACGGAAGAUGUCGUGGUGGAAAAGAUGGACGUGAGCUCUUUGCAGGCGGACGCUCAGAAAGAAGUCGAAUCCUCUGAAGUGGAAGAUAUUCAGGUGACAUCCAGCCAGAAGCCGAGCAUCAUCGUGGAGUCUGAAGCUGAGCAGGAAGCUGAAGAUGUCAUCGUGAAGAAGAUUAAAGUUAUCAGUCUGUUGGAGAGCAGCGAGGACGAAGAGGAGGAGGAGGAAGAGGAGGAGGAGAGGGAAGUUUCUGAAGAGGUGGAGAAAGCAGGACCCUCCAUCACACCUGAAGCUGUGGACGGGCUCUUUAUGAUCGACACUCGGCCCGGACAGGAAGUGGACGAACUUUACUACAAGGAGAAGCUCACUGAGGAGGAGGAGAAGGAGGAGAAGAAGAAGGAGGGAGAAGUCGAGGGGGAGGACGAGGAGUUUGUGGAUGAGGAGGGAGACGAUGAUGAUGAAGAUGACAUGGAGACAGAGAUCCUCUUCUCCAGUAGAAACCCUCACCUGAAAGAGUUGUCCAGCCGUAUUGACCCUGGCAUCAGGAUGAAGGAGCUCGGCGGGUUAUACAUCAAUUUUGAUGGCGGCAAAUCAAAAGUCGUCUCCAGUUCGCUGCAGAAACUGAGGGACAAGAAGAUCCAAGAUGAGGUGAUGAAGAAGAGUGUGAUGGGACCAGACUUUGAGAAGAAUGAUGCAGUUCCUCCGUACAGCGAAGCCAAAAAAGCCACAAAGUUGAAAAACAGAGCGGAGAGGGAGAAGUCGACGGGAGACGGCUGGUUCAACAUGAAAGCCCCGGAGCUGACUCAGGAGCUGAAGGCCGACCUGCAGGUCCUGAAGAUGAGAGGCUCCAUGGACUCCAAGAGGUUCUACAAGAAGAACGACAGAGAAGGAUUCCCCAAAUAUUUCCAGGUGGGCACGGUGGUGGACAGUCCCAUCGACUUCUAUCAUUCCAGAGUCCCCAUGAAACAGAGGAAGCGGACCAUGGUGGAGGAGCUGCUCAACGACGCUGAGUUCAGACAGAACAACAAGAAGAAGUACCAGCACAUCCUGACGGAGCGAGCGGCGAAGGGAGCCGGCCGGAAGAACAAGAAGAAGAGCAAAUUCCAUAAGAAGUAAAUGUGAAGACGCCGUGUGAUGAACUCUGAGCGCCGUCUCAUUGAUAUUAUCAAUUUUUUAAUCAGAUGGACCUGUGUCUCCCAAAUGUAUUGCUGCACAGUAAUCAUAGUCUUUAUAAAAAUGUGAACAUUAAAAAAAAAAUUUUUGGCGACCAGCACAAACAUUUGUACUGGUUUUCUUGUAAUUUAAACUUAUCACGUCGUGAACACAUGGCUAUAACAUGUAAUAUCAACACACUGUUCUUUAUCAGCGCUACUCGAAAAUGUAAAUGUAUUUAAAAUGUUGUAACCCCAGCAUCUCAACUGUCGAGAUGCUGGGGUUACAACAUUUUAAAUACAUUUACAUUUUCUAAACUUUAAGUUACUGCUGCUUUUGGUAAUCGUGAGAGAAGCAGAGUAACACAAACUAAAGAUUUAAGGAACAUGAUGACGCUGAAUUUAAAUAACAUGCUGUCUCUGUAAUGACCCACAAAGAGGAAGGAGAGGAUACGCUGUGGAGGACAUUUUUUAAAUAUACUCCAGCUCCUUCAGUCAGGAGUUAAAGUGUUUCAUAACUGCUAAUACUAACAACAAAAGCCAUUUUGAACUCGAUUCAAAAUAAAUGUGUAAUGUUAUACUACAUGUGCAUGUUUCAGACAUGUCAUAAGCAAUAAACGUUUUUAAAAAGA